AUGGAGCGGUUACUACGGCCCGAGCGGUUUGCUACUGACCCAAACGCCACCAACGCCGCUCAGGAAUGGCGUCACUGGCUCAAGACGUUCCAAAAUUUCACUCUAGCAGUAGAAGAAAAUACUCCCACCGUGGACAAGCUGCGUCUCUUAAUAAACUACGUUGCUCCACGUGUGUUCGACUACAUAGCUGACUGCACUACGUAUGAUGCUGCUGAAAAAUCCCUAACAGAACUGUUUGUGAAGCCCAAGAAUGAAGUAUUUGCAAGGCAGCGCUUACUUGAAAAUAAAACUUUAGACUUACAGUCAGCCUUUGACCAGGCUCGCACUCUAGAAACGGCACAGAAACUUUCUGCGUCUUAUGCUCAGCCAGGGGCUACAAAUGCUGCCAUGGCACUCUCAUUAGACCUGGAGGAUUUAGGAGGACAAGAAAGUGUAGAAGAAAAAGUUGACACAGUUUCUGCAGCUACAACUAGUGGUUUAAAGUGCUUCUUUUGUGGUUACUCUCGACAUCCUCGCAGUCGAUGUCCAGCUAGAGAGGCUCUGUUUAUGAAUUGCAAGAAAAAGGGUCAUUAUGCUAAGGUCUGCCGAUCUCUGAAACAGACUAACAGCGCUUCAAACACACAUUCCGCUGCUGUGCUCGCUACUUUAGCUGGGACUUCGCCCUCAUGUCUCAAUAAAUCAGUGCUUAGUUCUAAGAUCAAUGGUAUUCCAGUUAAUGCACUGAUUGACAUUGGUAGCUCUGAGAACUUUAUUCAUAAGAAUAUUGCCGAGCAGAGUGGGUUACUCAUCUAUCCUGACAAUGGGGCAGUUUCUAUGGCUACUGUAUCAUUCUCUUCAAAAUUCCUGGGGCAGUGUUCUGUAGACUUAGAAUUGCAAGGAGAAACUUACCAUGGUGUGAAUCUCAAAGUGUUACCCGAUUUGUGUGCUGAUGUGAUUUUAGGUCAUAACUUUUUACAAAAUCAUUCUGUGCUCGAGAUGGCUUUUGGAGGAGAUAGACCUCCCCUUAGAAUAUGUGGAUUAGCUGCCGUCAAAGUUCCGGCUCUAUCUCUCUUCAGUAAUUUAGCACCAGACUGCAAGCCGAUUGCUGUAAAAUCCAGACGCUAUUCUGAGGCUGACAAGUUGUUUAUUAAAUCUGAGACCGCUCGGAUGCUACGCGAAAAGAUAAUUAGACCCAGUCAUUCUCCAUGGAGAGCCCAGGUAUUAGUAACUAAAGGAGACAUCACAAGAAAAGAAUGGUUGUAG